AUGCCGCACUCCGCGGAGCUGAUCGUUACAGAUGCACUACAAACCUUGGGUAUCAUUCCUCGAACCCCGGAACCAGUCCCGCUGGAAGAAAGAGAGGAGGAGACACUGACCCCGGCGGAGAUGCUAGAGCUCAUUCGCCAACAGAAGGCAGAAGGAAAGGCGGAAAAGGUGAAGAUCAAGCAGGAGAAGGCUGAGGCGAACCUGAGACAACUCGCAGGAAUCAAGCGCGAGGCUGAUGGCCAGGAUGACGAGGACGUCACCAUCGUAGUCCAGUUAGCCAAGAAAGCUCGGCGUGAGGUGGCUGUCGUGGAGCUGUUGGACUGA